AUGGCUCGCCGGAUUCAACCUCAACCUAAAAUCUCAGCAAUGAAGGCGGUCAUUAUCCCCAGAGAUACAAAAGUGUAUCGACCGUCAAUCCUACCGAACCACGAUGCUGGUGGCCGUUUGCGGUUUAUAGCCAGCCUAGACACCGCACAGGAUGACCCUAAAUUAGCAAGGCAGGCAUACAGCGGCCGUUUCCUCGACCCAAGGCCUAGCAAAUGUCAAACACUGCCGCAAAAGUCGAGUGCCUCACGGCCAGUAUCUGGGACACCAAACCAUGUGGAGUGUAACCCAUCGUUUGGCAUAUAUGUUAGAACGCCCGGCACAUCCUGCUUGUUCAAAAGCGCUCUCGACCACGCAGAAAGACUGGAAUGCUUCGUGAUCACGAGACUGGUAUCCAAGUAUCUCCAAGCCCGUUUCGGAAAGGACCACCACUAUUGGCCUCCCAAUGUCCAGCGCAAAACACCGCUUUGUCUUAGUACGGAAGAGAAGAAGCUAGUUCUAUUGCACUGGUUCCAUAGAAUCCCAGUUGAGCAUCUGUUGCUUAUGGUUCAGUAUAUUGCUUCCACGGAUUUCCUUUUUGAUAAGCAUCCACGUCUUUCAUCCUCUCGGGGGAGAGACGUCGGUGAUAGCGCAAAGACUGUAACUACCCUCAAUCACCAUGUAGACUGGACCAGGGUGUGCUUGGUGCAAGGGUUCGCCCCUUACUCUUUGAUAAGCCCCAACUUUAGGCCAGAAGGUGUCCAAGCUUCCCUGCUCCUUUGUUUGGUUGGGCCAAAGAGAAUGCCCUUGAAUCCUUUCUUAUCAAUUUCCCUUCAAACUGCCGUGGUGGUGACCACACUGGGCUUCACCUCGGCCCCUUCAAGCCUGAGGCCUGGCGCAUUGGUGAUUGUCGCACUAUGUACUGGCCAUUGUAUCUCCACCGCAUUGGGAUACUUCGUUCGGACACCAUGGGCCAGCCUGGCAGGUGGUUAUUCGGUCAUGUUACUGCUUCAUUAUAUCGACAUAGGUUUGUUGACGCGUUGGGAAUUUGCUGACCCCUCCGCGGCGAAAUCGCCCGAGCCGCUAAAUGCAACCUGGGUGGCCCGUGUACGGUUUGGUAUCUGGGCGGCCUUCAAUGCGCGAUGCAUUGGAACGCCUGAGCAAGUGAAUCAUGUUCCUGAGGCGAUCACCUGCGACCGAGCCGCAUUUCUCCGUCGAUCUGCGGGAAUUAUCCUCCUCAGUUACCUGGCCCUCGAUGUGCUCGGCUCGAUGGGCGAUCCUGAAGUGGGAUCUCGCUUCCUCGUUGCAUCUCGUGUGCCGUUGGUUCGGAGGAUCUCCGAAAUUACUGCGGAAGAGAUCGCCAUUCGAGUCUUUUCGGGCAUUGCAGCUGGCAUAGGCUUAUUGGCCAGUCAGGGUGGUUUCUAUUAUCUCUUCGCAUUCACCAGCGUUCUUGCGAGGUGGAGUAAACCGCAGGACUGGCCUCCUUUUCGCGUGUGGCACCAAUCAAAUUCUCACAAAUUCCGCGCCAUCUCUCGAUUUUUUGCAAGCGAUAUUUUUCGCUUCCAGCUGUGGACGCUCGCCGAUCGAUAUGCCAGAGUUGUAACGGUGUUUGCAACCUCAGCUUUCAUGCACUUUCUUAUUGACUUAUCAUCGGGGCUAUUGCCAUCUAGCUCCGGGGCUGUGCAGUUCUUCUGCACGCAGGCCUUCGGUUUAAUAUUGGAAGAUCUGGCAAUCAAUGCUUACUCUGUUAUACUUCGUUGUGGCGGGCCGUCUCGCAAUAGGACGGCGUCCCGCGGUGAACGGAUAUUUGGUUUUCUCUGGGUCGGAAGCUUUCUGGUCUGGUCGUUUCCUGCAUACCUUUAUCCGAUGUUGUAUCGUUCCAACGCAGGUCUUAAUGACUCGGUGGUCCCUGUGAGCAUUGUCGGAAUGUUACAAGACAAUCUCUGA